AUGGCCACACCACCCGACCCGUCAAACCGACGGCAGCCGCCGCCACCAAUUCACGAAGAUGAAUUACCUAGCACGGAAGACCUGGAAUUGGUAUUGUCAUUAGUUCCGGCGCCAACAAUGGUCUCCGGAAUAGCUGGUUCGGCCACCCACGAGAGCCAACCCCCAGAUGGAGGCGUGGUGGCUUGGAUGUCCGUUGUGGCUGCGUUUUUCUCGAUCAUGAACACUUGGGGCUCGAUCAUAUCCUUUGGCGCCUUCCAGAGUUACUAUGUCACCCACCUGCAAAGUACACCUUCCGAGAUUUCCUGGAUCGGAUCGAUCGCGAUAUUGCUCUUGUUCUCCGGCGGGGUCGUUACGGGCCGCCUCACUGACUCUGGUUAUCUCCACCACUGCACAAUCAUCGGCGCAUUCCUCAUUGUUUUCGGGACAUUUAUGGCGUCUCUCUCCACGAAAUAUUGGCAAGUACUCCUUGCUCAAGGAGUGUGCACGGGGAUUGGCAACGGGUCUCUCCUCACGCCUAUGAUGGUCAUUGUGUCCACAUAUUUCAAGAAGAAGCUUCCUUUCGUGCUCGGCAUCGGAGCUUGUGGGAGCGUCACAGGAGGGCUCAUCUUCCCCAGCAUGGUGAGAACACUACUGCCUACCAUUGGGUUCGGCUGGACAAUGCGGGCGAUUGGCUUCAUACAGCUGGGAACGUUGAUCAUCGCCGUUGCUUCGGCUAGAACUAGGUUGGAGCCGAAAAGAUCAGGCCCACUUCUAGAUUGGACCGCCUUUGGCGACAUCGAGUUCGACAUUGUUUAA